AACAAGGAAGCGCAAAGGAGCGUUUUCUUCUCCUCCUCCAUCUUCUUCUUCUCUCACGCAAUAUUUAGUGCCUUAAUCCCACUUUUCUUGUGCAAAUCAAACAAAAAGUUCGCUUUUUUCGUCUAUUUAAGGCCAACCCACUUCACAAAACGUCAAGGAAGAUUCUGGGUAUUCGUUCAUUCUACAAAGAUACAUAUAUAUUCUGGUGAAUGUUGUGUGUAUAUAUAUACGAAGCAGUUCAAGAUGAUGUUGUUUGAUGAUCGUCAAGAACGGUGCAGCUCAACACCAAAGCUCCCUCUGUUCUCGUUCCCCAUGAACAGAGCAACCGAGACGCCGGGAUUAGCGACGCCGCCGGUGAACAUCGCCGGUACGGUGCCGUUUCUGUGGGAGGAGGCACCGGGGAAGCCUCGGGCUUCCGGCGGAGAUGCCGUCGUGAGCGAAUGGUCAGGGAAAAAGCAAAACGGCGUCGUCCGAUGCCUGGAGCUCCCGCCGAGGCUGUCGUUGCCGGCGGCGAACGAGCCGUCUCCGACCACCGUGUUAGACGGUCCGUACAUCGUACGUCGCCGGUCUCUGUCGCUGCCGCGGUCGGAGUCGCUGAGGAAGGGGGGACCAAAGCCGGCGAAGGAGAAGGGUUUGUUCGGGUCCACGAGGUGGGGUGGCAGUUCGGGAAAAAUUAAGGAGAUCGUCGAGGGUAAAAUCGACGUUUCACGUUCCACGGCGGCCCAUUUCUCCGGCGACGGUGGUACGAAGGUGAAGAUAAGUAGGGUUCGAAGGAAAAAGAGCCUCCUGAAUCUGAAUCUUUCAUAUCCCAAAUCCCAUUUCUGGGGAAGGGUAUGCGAAGGGUUUAGGCAAGUGAUUCCAUGGAGGCGUAGGCAAGAGAAUCUCAGAAGGAUGAACUCUUCAAUUAUUUAAUCGAAUCUUUGCAUUUUCUUAAUUUCUAUAUAUAUAUAUAUAAUUAAUUUGAAAUAAGUCUCAUCAUGUAUAUAUAUAUAUACUUAGCAUCUACGGUCCAUGUGAACAAAACUCGAAUUAGGGCACGUAAUUGCUUUAUACUUUUUUAACGUUUUUAUCAAAUAUGAAAAGUAUUUCUAUUUAAUGAGGAAAUCUAUAAAAAGCAUUGAUCUUAUCUUA